CGCUCCGAGCGCGCUUUCGCAUGUUUGCGUGAUUGAAGUCUAUUGUCAAAAUGCCUGAUCCAGUGAAGCCAGCAGCCAAGAAAGGCUCCAAGAAAGCAGCGUCCAAAAUAGUCGCCAAGGGCGGGAAGAAGCGCAGGAAGUCGAGGAAGGAGAGUUAUUCCAUCUACAUCUACAAGGUGAUGAAGCAGGUUCACCCCGACACCGGCAUCUCGUCCAAGGCCAUGAGCAUCAUGAACUCGUUCGUCAACGAUAUUUUCGAGCGCAUUGCUGGUGAAGCUUCCCGCCUGGCUCAUUACAACAAGCGCUCGACCAUCAGCUCCCGGGAGAUCCAGACCGCCGUGCGCCUGCUGCUGCCUGGGGAGCUGGCCAAGCACGCCGUGUCGGAAGGGACAAAGGCGGUGACCAAGUACACCAGCUCCAAGUAAAGAUGCACAAAACAAACCGUAAACCCAAAGGCUCUUUUAAGAGCCACUCACAA